AUGCCCACAACUGCUCCCACAAUUGCAUUGACACCACAAUCCCCGGGCAUCUUUCGUGUCAAGACGAUCCCAACUGGCUCAGCGGAGUCAGUAAAUGAACUCCUUCAGUUCAACCAUGAUAACUGGCAUAUUUUGUGGGAUGCAGUACGCGCCGGAGGUUUACAUAACCAUCAAGUGCAUUACCUUUUGACGGACUUUGCCUUGGGUGCAUCACCAGCCCAGAUCAGGGAAGCAUUCAGAACCAACAAAGACUAUCAGCGACCAGUUGAUGCAGGGAACAAUGGGAGGCAGCUCACCAUCGAUGACACCAACUUCUCCCAAUGCCUGGGACAACACAAACUCUACUCUUCAUGGUUAAGUCAUUUUGAAAAUGAGGUCGCUGCCAAAGGCUGGGUCCAAGCCGUUCAGGAAUGCGUAUUUGCUGACACGCCUCGGGCCAAGGACCUGUUUGGAAGGAUGUUCGAAGGGGCGCUUCAUCCCAUCAUACAUCUCGGCUUCGGGCUAGAGUUUAUUCAACCUGCAAUCGUGGCUGAGGCGCUGGCGCAAGCGGCCAUUCACGUUGAUCAAGCAUCAACUUUCCUCAACCGAGCCGACCAUCUUGCACAACAGAAGUCCCCAUGGAAAGAUGAGCGACUUAUGGAUCUCUUCCUCAAGGCCCGAUCCGAUCCUGCCAUCGUCGAGGCCGACUGCUGGAAAGGGGGCAGUUUCGAGCUCAACGGAAACUUUUUCGAUAUUGCGCCCCAACAGCUGUUGGAGCUGGCCGCCAGCUAUAAACUCGGACCUGACUGUUCGGAAGCGGCUUUCAACAUGCGCACUGUAGAAAUGAUCAAUGUCUCUGCGUGGUUCGCGGCAGCUGCGCAAAGACCCGACAAAGAGGCCAAGUUUGAUUUCUUUUACAUGCAUUGCGUCAAUUGCUCCUUGUUUCUGUCCCUCUUCGCCACUGCUCCCUGGCUCAGUUUGCAGGACAAGGUACGCUUGUUGGAGUGGAAGGUUCGGAUGGACCUAGUCAUCUAUGUCUGUCAAGGUUCGCCACUCUUGGUGCUUCAUGAGAUUAUCGACUACAAGCCACGUCAGCCAGACUGCAUGAACUGGGGCGAUAUCAUCAGCCGUGCACUCGAUAUCACUUGUGAUGGACAUGUGGUUAAGAUGAUUCGCGCUCUACGUCAUGGCGCCGAGGUCAGUAGGAUAUUCGAAGAACAGGACAAGGACGCAAGCAGGUUUCCGAUCAGAGGAGAUAUGUGGCUCAAGAUUGCGAACAUGGUCCUUGACUCCACAGAAGACUAUCCCGAUGUAAGAGAUAAGUGGAUGCGUGGGCCAGGUUUCGAUCGGGCUUGGGAUAUGAUACCCAAUCGAAAAUAG